AUGGAAGUACUAAAGCAAAGAUUGUUCUUGAACAAUGACUGGUAUACAGCUUUUCACGUGUCGGAUGGCAUUGGAAGUGUCAGUCAUAAUGCCAUGCAUGAUAGUUUUGCUGAAACAGAAGGACAAACACAAAUCUUUAUAUGUGACAUUAACCCAAAAAUGUUGAAUAUUGGCAAGAAGAGUGCUACCUUAGACGUACGAUAUACAGAAAACAACUAUCUGCAUUGGGUGGAAGGAAAUGCAAAAGCAUUGAGUUUUGAGGAUGGGUCAAUGGAUGGUUACACGAUCGAGUUUGGUAUUAGAAAUGUAACACACAUUGAGAAAGCUCUUGCAAAAGCCUAUAGGUUUUUCUUUUCUUCCCAUGCACUUGAUCAAACUUCAUUCGACUUUGCUCUUCAGUCUAACUUAAAGGAGUGA